CGGAGACACACCCACCUGGCGGGUGGCCGGCGCGCACCCGGGGCUGCGGCCGAGGCGUCUCCUAGCAACCAGCCGCCAGCCUCGGCCCAGGUGGAGCGGGGCUGACAUGGACCAGCCAGUCAUCACCCUCACCACCACCAAUGUAAGGGACGACCUGGGGCCUCCCUCCUGCCGCCACCACCACCGCCGAGUCCUCCCGGGCUCAGCUAAACCAACCCGGAAGUCAUCAUCUUUUGAAAGAGAAGGAUGGUGGAGAAUAGCACUAACAAAUACGCCUAUACCUGGCACUUACCACUUGAAAACCUUUAUUGAAGAAUCCUUAUUAAAUCCAGUGAUAGCAACCUACAAUUUUAAAAAUGAAGGAAGAAGAAAACCACCUCUUGUGCACAGAAACAAUCCAGUCAUAAAUGACAUUCCCCAGUACAUGCCUCCUGACUCACUGGAAUUGUUAAAGAAGCAAAUGGCCACUUAUUCAUUUAAAGACAAACCACGGGCAAGCCCCAGCUCACUGGUUUACAAAGAUCAGACAGUGCAGCUUUCACCGGGACAAUACGAUAUUCUUCCCCCACCAGUUCCCAAGUACUCUUCCAGGGGCUUUGUGUUUCGUUCUACAGUUCCAAGAUUCCCAACAGGCUGCUUCAUUCCUCACGAAGGCCCAGGCCCAGGUCAUUAUGACUUGAAAAUACCCCCGACGAGUUCUAUUACUUCUUGCUUUCAGUCCAAAGUCCCUCGGUUCUUGCCUUCCCGUUCAAAAACCCCAGGCCCAGGAGCAUACGCGUCUUCAGCACAAUUCCCAAAGCAGUCCCCAACCGUAGCCAGAAUGGGCCGAGAACACAGCCUUUUCUUCAACAACGAUUGGCUUUUAAAAUAA